AAGCGAUCACUGCUGUGUCGGCCGCGAGCGAGCGAGGAAGAGGAGGAUUUGAUCAAGACACACGGCCAUGUCGUUGGCGGCUCGGGACGAUGCCGUGGAGCAUCCUGAGCUGUACGAGGCAGACAUUGAGGCGCUGCUUGGCAGCACGCCUCAGGAUAAGAUUCGCGCUCUCGAGGGCCUUGUCAAAUUGAUGCGGUACAGGACUGCAAGCGGCGAAAGCACGCCCGAAAGCCUGGAUUCCUUGGUCAAGCUCGCCUUGCCGCCAGAGACUAUGGAAGCUCGCGUGCAUAUGAAGGCAGCCGAAGCCAUCGGGGAGAUAUCCAGCAUCCUACUGGCGGAUUUGAACAAUGAUUUCUUCCAACUGCAGUCAAAGCGUGCCCUGGAACUGCUUGGAGAGCGUGAUCCUGGCGCGGGUCGGCUGUCUGCUCUGUUUGUGCUGACGCAGCUCGCACACCAGACCCCCGACGACUUUGACGAAAUCAUCCUGCAGUCAAGCGACGUCGUCUCUUUCUGUGACAACAUGUUCGAGGCAAUCUUCGACAGCAAGAGCGAAGUGCGAGAGGCCGGCAUUGAGCUGCUGAAGGAGGUGAUAGACGUCAGUCUGCGCCGGGAUUCGCACACGCGCGACUCGCUCUACCACGCCAUCUUCAAGAACAUCAACGCGGGCCUGCACCGCAGCCGCGAGGAGAGUGUGCAUGGUGCGCUGCUGGCGCUGCUGGCUGCUGCGAGUGCACAGAUUAUGAUUGGCGACAUCCACCUCGUUGUCAAGACGUACGAUGAGGCGCUGCUGUAUCUUGACCGGAGCAGUGCACUGCAGCACGAGGCCGUCCGUCUCGUGCCCGUUCUCGCCGCAUCCGUCAGGCCCCUCCUCAAGCGAGAUAUGGACGUGAAUGCGCUCCCCGCUGCGCACCGCCGCGUGUCCUCUGGUGUCAUUCGCCAGCGCAUCAGGAGCGUCGUCUCCGAGGAGCAGAUGGUGGAGAACCUGUGGGGCCGGCUGCAGUCGAGUGUAGCGCUGGUGGUGAAGGUGAUGGCCAAGGAACGCGACCACCCCGUUGCUCUCCAGGCCCUCGGUGACCUUGCCCUUGUGCUCGGCAAGGGCAUCAAGCCGCAUCUCAGCGCAAUUCUCGACCGAAUUCGUUCCAUCUACUCCGCCAGCAAGCGCGCCAAGCCGGCGAUGCUAGACGCCGCCAACGAGUGCCUUGGCCGUCUCGUCGUUGCGCUGGGGGAAGCUCUCGCACCAAGCAUCGAACCCAUGCUCGCGACCAUCUUCGAGGACAAUUUGCGGGAUUCCGUUUUCACCGCUCUACAGGAUAUUGUCGACCACAUCCCCUCCCUCGUGCACCGCGUCAACCCGCUUGUGCUGCGUAAGAUUCGCGUCAGUCUUCGCGAGCUGGUCACCAGUCCCGAAUCUUUCCAGCAGUCUGCCGCCGUCAGCACGCAAGAUGCAGAUGCGCUGCUGGUGAUUCUGCGGCAGUUGGGCAAGUUCCGCUUUGGCCCGGGCGACCAGAGCCCCCGAUACGAGCUGCUGCUGACCUUUGGCCGUGAUUUCCUGCUGCCGAUGCUCGACACCCCCAACGACACUCUCCGCACAGCCGUCUGCCUCGCAUGUGCGCGCUUGCUCGUCACAGAGGACCCGGAGCGCGGUGCUGCGUCUGCUGCAGACACCAAGCGCUCGUCGGCUGCUGAGCUGCGGCUGCUGCGGCUGUCGACGGCGCCCAAGCGAAAGGACCGCACGCAGAAGCAGCUGUCUGCUGUGCUCCUCCCAACACACGCGCAUCAGCCCGUUCAUAAGCGCGGCGAGAAGUCUGUGCUCUGCCGCGCUCUCAUCUUUGAGGUGCUGUCGCCGCUACUGCGUGUGGUCAUGGCCGACAACGACCGCAGAAUUCGCAUUCGCGUCCUCAGGCAACUGAACCACCACUCCCUUGACGAGGACAUGUGUGAGGGCGAGAUGUUGGAUGCGCUCGCGUCCCUCAUGCACGACGAAUGGCUGCUCAUCCGCAUGGAGGCAAUAUCCAUCCUGGGCCGGCUUGUCGCGCACCGCCCUGGCCGCGUUGUUGAGGAGCUGCGCCAGCGGCUGCUGACGGUCCUGGUGGAGAUACAAUCCCUUAUUGCCAGUCGCGAGGCCGCAGCAAACGCGGAGGCUGCACACCCGCGAUCCGUCAUGGGCCGGUCCACUGCGGCCAACACGGGCGACCGGCAGAUCAAGGACGCCAUCUAUCUCCUGCGCCACGUCAGCCGCGCCUCGCAGGUCGUGGCCCGCGCACACACGCGCGCCAUCUGGGGGGUGCUGGAGCCCCUCGCGCGCAUGCGCCUCUUCUCUCCGGCCGUGCGAUCUUACACGCUGGACGUGCUUGGGGAGCUGGCGCUGGCCUGUGGCGACAACGACGCAUUUGACAUUGACUGCGUUGUGGAGUUGUUCCACACGGUGAUGCGCGAGCAGACCAUUUCCUCGCGCCGCCGCGCCGCCGUCCUGUCACUCGGCAACCUCAUCCAGGGCACGGCGUACCCAGCAGGCAUGCAGAGGCACGCACCAGCACUCUUCCACACGAUGGGGGAUCUGCUGAAGGUCGAACAGGCGCGGGAUUUCCGCAUGGCCGUGCUGCGCACCAUGGGAAUCCUUGGCUCCAUCGACCCGAUUGUGGUGGAGAAGCACAUCAAGGCGCUUGCAGCCGGCAGCGGCAGCGGCAGUGGUGGUGGCGCGAGCAACGUUGUUGUCAACAGCACAUGCAGUAGUGCGCAGCAGCUGGCCUCGUCGCUCCUGUUUACAGAGCUUGAUCUCCAUGCGAAGAAGGGUACCGACCACUUCUGCAUCGCCUCUGCCAUCAACGCACUUGUCCGCGUUGCGCUCGACCCCGCUCUCGUCCGCCUGCACCAAUACGUCAUGCGCGCAUUCAUGGUCAUGCUAAAGUUCCUGGGCGAUCUUGCUGUCGACUAUCUGCCGCAGCUCGUUCGCUCCAGCAUCUACAUGUUGUCGACAACGCAGGACACCGCCAACGCCACCGCAUCUGUUGAUCUCUACAUGCAGGGCCUUGGCCAGAUUGCAGCCGUUGCAGGCACAAGCAUCCGCCCUUUCCUCGCUGAGCUGAUGACGAUUGUGGACGUGUACUGGACCAGCAGCGAACACGUGCUCUUCCUCCUCGACAAAAUACUCACCGGCGCCGACGCCAUUGACAUCAGCGCGCACAUGCCGCUCGUCUUUGCCAAGAUCGAGACGACGAUUGACGCUGAUCGAAAGGCAAAGAAGUACAGCAACACGCUGAAGCUUCUCACCACCAUCGCCCGCGCCCGCGCCAAGUUCGCCCACCACCCACGCCUCAUCCUCAGCGUUGUUGCGCGUCUUGUGUACGACACGUCCUUUCCCGAGUCUGCGCGCGUGACCAUUGGCCAGCGGGCAUUGGAGUGUCUCAUGUACAUCGCCAUCGACCUGCCUCUCAGGAACGAGGCGCCUAUCCUCAUCCACCGCCUCGUGCGGGCGCUGCGCGUGCAGUCGCUGCAGAAGGAUGCUCUCCUGCUCAUCUCGCUGCUCAUUACGGAGAUGGGUUCUGAGUUCACCACGCUCGGGUACCUGAGCUGCGUGCAGAGCACCGUUGUGCAGAUGCACAUCCAGUCUGAUGACUACAACCGCACCCUGCAGGCACUCAACUCCGACAACUGCUUCCCAGACAUGAAGAAGGAGAUCAAGGUGACGCUGUCGGAGCGGGUCAUUGCGCAGACGGUGGAGCCGAAAGGAAAGGACGAGAGCAAAGCGCCGCGCUCGCUGUAUGCGAGUCUGGACCAGGAGACCAUCAGGGCGGCGUGGGAGAUCUCCCCAAAGGCGUCGUCGCAGGACUGGCAAGACUGGCUGCGUCGCGUCACGCGCGUGCUCAUUCGCAAUGCGCACUCGACUGCCAUCCGGGCGUGCAGUAAAGUGGCAGAGCUGCACCCACCGACAGCGAAGGAGCUCUUCCACGUCGCCUUCAUCUCAUCCUGGCCAGCGCUGUAUGGAGACAUACAGGACGACCUGAUCCGGCCGUUCCAGCAGGCCAUGGUCAGCGUCGACUACACCCCGCGCGAAAUCCAGCAGGUUGUGCUUGAGCUGGCUGAGCUGGCGGAUUUCAUUGACCAGGGCCGCCUUCCGCUCUCCCCACACGACCUCGCGGAGCUCGCCAUUAAGAACCGCUCGUUUGCAAAAGCGCUGCGCUACAAAGAGCACGAGUUCUACUUGCUGACAACUGGGGGCAUUUUGGAGGCGUGGUCUGUGAUUUUGGAGCAAGAGAAAUUGCACGCGCAGUCGCCUAUGGAGGAACGCGAAAUGGAAAAGACAAAACACACGGAAGUGCUCAAUUACUACAACGUUCGCCUGCCGAGUGACGACGACAAAAAACGCCGCGUCACUGAUGACAUGAACAAUGCGCAAUACCUCAAGUUUGAUCCCGCUGAGAAAUUGGCUGCGUGUGUUGCGCACCUCAUCUCCAUCAACCACAAUCUCCUCCAAUCAGACGCGGCGUCCGGCGUUGUCCGCCACGUUCGCAUUGCCCACGACUCCCUUCCGCUGCGCAUCGGGAUGGCUGGCUUCUACUCUCCGCAGCAGCGUUUCGCCUGGCAGGAGGCCCUUGACGGCAACCUGUCUGCGACGUCCAACACGGACGAGCGCACGGCGUGCCUGAACAGGAUGGAGUGCUAUCACGCCCUUGGCGAGUGGAAGGCCCUCGCCGCUGAACUCGACGGCCCCUGGCGCCCCUCAGCUUCCGAGACGCUCGACGGUUCAGUGCUGCUGCAGGUCGCAAAGCGCCGCUGCUCAGCCUGCAUCGGCCUCAACGACUGGCCAGCGUUCACCAGAGCAGCAGAUGCGCUCGAGGGCGAGGACUACGAGAGCCUGUGCUACAAAGCCAUGGCAGCCGUAUACGCGGAGCGGUCGGAGGAGGCGCGCGCCCUCAUUGCGCACUGCCGCUCGCAGCUCGAUCUCUCGCUGACACGGAUGCUGUCUGAGUCAUACGACCGCGCGUACCACAAGAUCCUGAGCCUGCAGCAGCUGGUGGAGUUGGAGGAGGUGUCGUGCUACCGCGGCGCCAUCGCUCGACAGGACACGGCCAUGCAAAACACCAUCCAGACGCUGUGGCAAAACCGCCUCUCGAUGAUUCGCGAGGAGACGCGCGUGUGGCAGGACGUCCUCAACACCCGACUCAUGGUGGUGUCAAUGGACGUGUGCCCGAAGACAAUGCUGCGCUUUGCAGAAAUUGCAAACGAACAGGGCCGCCACCACGUCGCUGCGAGCGUUCUUCGGCGUCAGCUCAAAGGAAAAGACUUUUUGGAAGCCGAUUUCGAUUUCACAACCACCGAGCCAAACUUUGCAUUUGCGUGUCUGAAGCAUCUCUGGAUGACUGGGCAGCGCACCGAGGCGCUCAAGAAACUCGUCGAGUUGACGGAGUGGAUGGCUGUGCGCGGCGAUUCGGAUCUCGUCGCAAACGUCUUCUUCACGCACGGGCAAUGGAGUGAAGCGAUUGAGACACAGAAUUUCUUCGGCCAGCUCAAGUCAACAGGCGGCGCCGCCAUCAAGGACCAUCACAAGGCGCGCCGGUUCAGCGAGCAGUUCAAGGACAUUGGAAAGUUGUACCAUCGGGCAGCAGACAUGCAGCCGCAGUGGGCACAGGCAUGGCACGCAUACGCCAUGGUCAACUUCAAGGCACUCAACGAAAUCCAGCGGUUGAGCCAGAGCGAUCCCGUCGAGGCGGAGCAGCUGCCUCCAAAGCUGACCCUGCACCACGCCAUUUCCGCCGUUCGCGGGUUCUUCCGGUCCAUCAGUCUCCAUCCGGGCUCGGCUGACUUGCUCCAGGACGCGCUCCGUCUCUUGGGCGUGUGGUUCUCCCACGGCGGCGACCCCAUGGUGCGGGCGGUGGUGAGCGAGGGCCGCGCGUCCGUCGACAUUGACAUCUGGGUUGAUCUCAUCCCCCAGAUGAUUGCGCGCAUCGACCACUUCAACGACGACAUCCGCAGGGAUACGCAAAACUGGCUGAUUGAGAUUGGCAAACGCCAUCCACAUGCGCUGGUGACGCCACUCAACGUCGCUCUCAAGUCGUCGCCGGCACGCGCGCAGAUUGCAAAGAAUGUGCUGGAGCAGUUGCGUGCGCACCAUCCGCAGGUUAUCUCCGACGCCACGCUCGUUGGGCAUGAACUCAUUCGCGUGUCGGCGCUCUGGCACGAGCUCUGGUACACCGCACUCACAGACGCCUCCCGCCUCUACUUUGAACAAGGCGACGAGCACGCGAUGGUGAAUCGCCUCAUGCAGGCGCAUGCACACACGGCCCGUCCGCUCACACCAAGGGAGGCUGCGUUCCGCCACUCGCUCGGACACAAGCUCGACCAGGCGUUGCGGUUCCUCGAGCGCUUCAGACAGACAGGAAACGAAUGCGACCUCCACGGCGCAUGGGGCCUGUACUACGAGGCGUACCGGCGAAUCACGAAGAUGACGUCGCGUCUGCGCAGCAUCGAUCUCGCCAGCGCAGCCCCGCUCCUCACCAGGCGGCAGAACUUUGACAUGGUCGUCCCAGGCAUGUAUCAGGUGAAGCCUGUUGAGCCCGUGCCGACGGUGGCCAAGUUCCUUCCGAGCGUCGUCGUCAUUCCGUCGAAGCAGCGCCCACGCAAGAUCAGACUCAUCGACAGCACCGGCACCACGCAGCAAUAUCUGCUGAAGGGGCAGGAGGACCCGCGCAUGGACGAGCGCGUUAUGACAUUUCUCGGUCUCGUCAACACCCUCCUCGCAGGCGAUCCAUCCACCCGCAGCGAUUAUCUGUUCAUUCGCCGGUACUCGAUCACGCCGCUGUCGCCGGACACGGGCCUGAUUGGAUGGCUGCACAACUGCGACACAUUCUUCGAGCUCAUCCGUGGAUACAGACAACAGAACAAGAUUUCGCUGAUGGCUGAGCACCACUACAUCCGCAAGCACGUGCCCGAGACUGUGGACAAGCACGGCCGGCGCACGGACGAAGGAUACGAGCGCCUGCCCGCGCGGAUUCGAAAGCGCAUCCUCAUCAACGCCUGCAAGGAGACACGCGGCGAUGACCUGGCAAACGUGCUGGUGUCCAAGUCGCCUGAUUCCGAGACGUGGGUGCGCCGCCGCACGGCCUUCAUGCGCUCGCUGGCAGUCAUGUCCGUCACGGGAUAUGUGCUCGGCCUUGGUGAUCGGCACUUGAGCAACAUCAUGCUCGACAGGACGACGGGAGAGAUUAUCCACAUUGACUUUGGCGACUGCUUUGAGGCGGCGCAGGAGCGCGACAAGUACCCCGAGCGCGUGCCGUUCCGGUUGACGCGCAUGCUGCGGCGAGCGAUGGAGGUUGGCGGCAUCUCGGGCACAUACCGCACGACGUGCGAGAAGACAAUGCACGUGCUGCGGGACCACAAGGACAGCCUGCUCGCUGUGCUGGAGGCGUUUGUGUACGACCCGCUCCUCUCAUGGAAGCUCGUGCAGCCUGGGGAAGAAGUGGAGAUGGAGUUUGACAUGGAUGGCACAUCGAGAUACGAGCGCUCGGUGCAGAGCUUGUCCGACCACCUGAAGAAACACCACCACCACCACCAUCACCACCAUAAGCAGCACGGGGGCGUGACAGCGGCCCUCUCUCGGCAGUUGUCGCGCGAACCGUCAGGACGAGGGCAGGCACUUCGACAGCGAAGGCGCAUCCCGUCCACAUUGCUCACGUCCACGUCGAUGGAGGAUUUGGAGACGGCGGCGGUGGUGGCGGAGGAUGUGAUGAACGAAAAGGCGUUGGCGAUUCUGGAGCGCGUGGAGCUGAAGCUCACGGGCAACGACUUCUCGUCGGCGCUGACGCCGUCUGUGGACGAGCAUGAGGCCGCGUUCAAGGACCGCAACGGCAUGGUGGAGGGCGAGUGGAAGCUGUCGCGAAAGGGGGUGCUGAUUCGCCCCGGCGCCACGCCGGACUCGUUCCCGCGCGGCGUGUCCGUGUCUGAGCAAGUGGAGUUUUUGAUUCGGGAGGCGAGCGACCCUUACAACCUGUGCCAGGCCUUUUUUGGCUGGUACCCGUUCUGGUGACCUGUGGGCGUUAUCACUUGUUCAUAUCCGAGGCGCCUAUUGGUGUGCGUCUGUAUGUGUCUCUGUGUGUGUCUGUGUGUCUGUGUCUGUAUGUUGUCUGUGCGUGGAGCAUGAACACUGCGUGGCCAUCACACCCUGCACGUCAAUCAUUCUUGCUUUCGCUUCUCCUCCUGCCAAGCGUUUGUGAAUAUAUCUUGCAAUAAAUUUCCGCAAAGUUUUUGCUUCCCAUUGUCGUUGCUUGUUGCUUGCUUGCGGAGACACAUCAGUCACACAAAGAGGCGAAGCGAAGCUGACGGGU